AUGUCCUCAUCGCUCCUUUUGGCUCGUUUUGACCCGUCCCUAACUUACUUGGCCCUGGCGGUCCAGGCCUUGGAUGUCCACCAAGUUAAGGUUCAAUCGCUCAUCUCAUCGCAAGAUCUGGUCAAUGCUCUGUUGAGUCUUGGUAAGAACCAGAAGAUCUCGAACUUGCUGUGGGUUUCUUCCGAUCUGACGCCUCUUGUAGCAUUGUGCCUAACGAACGGUACUAUCCAGCUUUACUCGCCGUUGUCUAACUCGAUAGUGGCCGAGUUGGAGCAUCCAUCCAGUCUACAGAUCACAGACUUCCACUAUUCUGAAUUCUCCAAGACAGCAUGGUCUUCUGAUGUGGGUGGGAACAUUUACGAAUGGGAUUUGCAAAGUCACCAGUUGUUGCUGAAGACGGCGCUUUUCGAUUUGCUUGAAUUGGCUGAAUCUGUGUCCAGAAUCUCCUCUGUAUCAUACGAUGGAAAAGCCCACCUUCUUGUGGGUACACAAAACGUUUACUUAAUUAAUCCAUACACAAAGACUGUUGUCAAGACGUUCCAUGCCCAUGUGCUGCCUAUACAUACGCUUAUGCCAGUGGCUGGCCAUCGUGAUCUUUUCAUUACAGCUGCAGAUGGAGACCGUUUCGUCAACGUAUAUUCUUUCUACAAGACGUUUGCCAAAGCUGUUCUUGUUGCUGAAGCAUGCAUCGAGCAUGUUGGUAUUGCUGAGCACGAUACCGUGGGGUCGAUUUUGGCUGCGAUUACGGAAUCUGGCUCAGUGGAAGUAUUCCAGAACCCACUUAAUUUCGAUAAUUCCAACGUCACUGAGACUCCAGAAAAGUCUAAGAAGAAGAGAAAGCACGCCAAAGCCGUUCUGAGUAGACACUCGGAUGCCUUGCUUAAGUUUGGAAGACCCGACGGUGAAAUCACCAACCCAGAUGACGAAACAUUACGAAUCAAUGCACUUGCACUUUCAAGCAGUAUUUUGCAUGUUACGUGGCUCGAAAAUGCCUCUGUCUCAUACUUUGAUGCAUUGCCAUGGUACAACGACGCUGGUUUCACAUUUAACGGCACCCAGAAAAUCGCCAAGUCCAAGCAGAAAGUCAUAGCCACUUCUCAUUCCACCGAUGGCCACGAUGUGGCUGCACCAAAGCUUUACCAAGAAUCCCAUACUGUCAUCACAGAAGGUAACGCUUUCCAGGAUGAUGUGGACGAAGAGGAAGACGAAGAGAGUUUGGCAGAGAAAAUCAACAAGCUCAGUGAAGAGCUGAGACAAGCAGAAAGCAGAGGUAAAAAGAAGCUCAAGCGUCAUACUCCCGGUUCCUUGGCCGUUGUGUUAUCCCAAGCAUUAAAGAACAACGAUAACUCGCUCCUUGACAACUCUGUGCUUAUAAACAAGGACCCCGAGAUUGUCAGAAACACCAUUGCCAGAUUAGAUCCAUCGUUGGCUGUGGUUCUUCUAGACAGACUAGCGGAGAGAAUCACCAGAAAGCAGUCCCGUCUGGAGCUGUUGUACUUCUGGAUCAAGUGGGUGAUUGUCAUCCACGGCAGUGUUUUGGCAUCGAUCCCCAACAUCAGCAACAAGUUGACCAGUUUGCAUUCCAUCUUGACCAAGAAGGCCGACACCUUGCCUCGUUUGCUCGAGUUGCAAGGCAGACUCAAUCUUUUACAGUCACAAAACAGCUUGAAGAAAGAGAUUUUGAACGGUUCCGUGGUCCAAGACGAAGACGGCGAAGGCGAGGUCGAGUAUGUGGAAGAGCUUGACGAUGCCGAGUACGCUGGACUCAUCAGUGACGACGAAGAUGAAGACAUGGAAGAAAUGGACGGUGUGGACGACUACGAAGAAAGCGACGGCGAGCUCGAAAACGGCAUCGACCAAUAA